UCCUUUUCUAUGGGCGUAUUAACUCCAGCUCUCUAUCCCCACAAUGCAUAUUGUAUAAGUAGGACUAGGUUCCCAUCUCUCUUCGCCAAAAGUAAACCUCUUCAUUGAGAGAAAUCAUUUGACUACAAUAUGAGCGUAGAGAUUCUCGACGGUGCAACGAUCCGCAACUUCAUCGACGACGAAGCGGCCUUCACCGACCUGGUGAAGGACCGGUUCUCCUACCUUGACUCAAACCACGACGGCCUCCUCUCCUACUCGGAGAUGGCAAAGGAACUAAAAAGCCUGAGGGUCCUCGAGACUCAUUUCGGCAUCGACGAUGCCGGUCUUUGCCCCGAGGAGCUGGUCCGGCUCUACCGAGGCCUGUUCGCUAAGUUUGACCGUGACGGUAAUGGAAGCGAGGAUUUAGAGGAGUUCAAGGCUGAGAUGAAGGAGGUGAUGAUCGCGGUGGCGAAUGGGAUUGGGUUCUUGCCUGUGCAGAUGGUGGUCGAAGAGGGGAGUUUCUUGAAGAAAGCUGUGGACAGGGAGUUGGCCGGAGCGGCAUGAGCUUAAUUAUAGUAAUUACAUGCGUAUAAAUGUGAAAUGCUUUCACUAAAUUUUCUAUCUUUUUUUCUUCUGUGAUUUAGAUGAGGCAUGAGAUUAUAAUUAAAGAAUAAAGAGUGGUAUUUUUGGAAAUUGAGCAGGGAUUUAGACUCGAAUAUUA